AUGGCGAACUUCUCAGUAGAAUGGCUUUCUAAAAGUUGUUACAACACUGUAACGGGCAGAGUGGACGUGAAAGAAGACACAACUCUUGGCAGACAUUGUAGAACAACGUCUCAAAUAUGUGGUGAAGUUUUUCCUCGAGCACCAUCAACGUAUACAAGGGUUUCAGUAGAGGCGAAACUACACAAUGAAGUAUCACAAGACGUUGACGUGGAAGCGCUUGCAAACAAAACGGCUAAAGACUACACUCCAUCGUCUCCAAACAACAGCUGUGGUUACACGACCGGCUCUGAGAGCGAGGUUGGGGACGAUAUUGAGGGCGAGUUUGCACUGCAACGCAGGUUGAGAACCAAGUUCACCACUGAUCAGAUCAGCCGACUAGAACGCACCUUCAACAAACACAAAUACCUCGGCGCAACUCAAAGGAGAAAGAUUGCGGAGAAACUGAAGCUUUCCGAAACUCAGGUGAAAACAUGGUUUCAAAACAGAAGGAUGAAGCUGAAGCGCGAAGUCCAAGAUCUGCGCCCAGAAUUCUUCGCUCCACCUGCAUCUCUGUUGCCACCGCUGGUCUACGUAGCUGCUCCAUCGUUUCAGCACCAUACGCUUGGUGGACAGCUCCGAGCUUUCGCCCAAAGCACCCAAGCGCUCUACCCACAACAAAUUCAGAGAGUCCCCAUGCAACCGAUGGUUCAUCAACAAACAGUCAACCCCUUGAUGUUGCCACCCUGUUACUACUGA